AUUAUCACCCACGUUUAUUCUAGUACCCACCUUCUCCUCUAGCCACGUGUCCCUCUCACCCCCUAUAUAUUCCCUUCUCCCUCCUGUGUUCUAGGUUUCAAUUUUCAAAGCGCCUCCAAUACACUUCACAUCCUUACGUAUAUCAGAGCUAUUCAAAACUGUUGCAAAAAGAAAAUGGGAGCAGUGGAAUUGCGAUUGCCCGCCGGAUUUCGAUUUCACCCGACUGAUGAAGAGCUUGUGACGCACUAUUUAUGUCGAAAAUGCGCGUCACAGCCUAUUGCUGUUCCUAUUAUAGCUGAAAUUGACUUGUACAAGUUCAAUCCAUGGGAUCUUCCUGAUUUGGCGUUGUAUGGGGAGAAAGAGUGGUAUUUCUUUUCACCGCGAGAUCGGAAGUAUCCGAAUGGUUCACGGCCGAAUCGAGCUGCCGGAAAUGGGUACUGGAAGGCGACGGGUGCCGAUAAGGCAAUUGGUCGUCCAAAGCCAAUGGGAAUUAAGAAAGCUUUGGUAUUUUACGCAGGGAAAGCUCCCAAAGGAGAAAAAACCAAUUGGAUUAUGCACGAGUAUCGGCUUGCUCACGUUGAUCGAUCUGCUCGUAACAAGAACAAUAGCUUAAGGCUGGAUGAUUGGGUAUUAUGCCGAAUAUACAAUAAGAAGAGUACAAUUGAGAAGAGCCAAUUGAAUAGUCGAAAAAUGAAUGUUGCAAUGUCACCCGUGGAUAUUAAACCAAAAAUUAUGGCAUUUCCGGUAUCGACAAGGCCAUCGGUGACGUCUCAGCAAGUUAACAAUGACUUCAUCUACUUCGAUUCAUCGGAUUCUCUCCCAAAACUUCAUACUGAUUCCAGCUGCUCCGAGCACGUGCUUUCACCGGAGUUCACGUGCGAGAGGGAAGUUCAGAGUGAGCCGAAAGUGAGUGAGUGGGAGAAAAACGCCCUUGAUUUUCCUUUUAAUUACAGUGAUGAUGCCACGACGACGAUGGGGGAGUUGGAGAGCUGUUAUGAGAUGUCGCCGCUUCAAGAUAUAUUCAUGUAUCUACAAAAGCCAUUUUGAAUUUUGAUGAGAAAGAGUGGGUUGGUCCCUCUCAUUCAUAUGUCCUGUCGCACGUGCAAAAGAGACUGACGUCAAUGACUUGGCACGUGCUGAUGUUUUUGAAGUAGCAGUAUCUUUUGCUUUCACAUUGGCAAUUUCUUUACUGGAAAGAACAACAACAAAUUGGCGUUCAUACUGCUCCAAGUAGUUACUAGUAGUUAGUAGUGGGACGAAAAUGGUAGCGGUAAAGAAGUUUUGGAUGAUACAGCCAGUUUUGUCAGUGUAGAAACUAGUAAGUGUGGUCUCAUUGACUAACCGAGACUGGAGUAGCUACAUAGUGUUCCUUUCCAGGGUAAACUAAAUUUCUGUCCAGGGCAAACUACAACAGUUUACAGCUUUAGAUCGGGUGCAAUAUAAAAUUUCAACACAAUUAUUUUGUUGUGUAUCUCAAAUAAUCAGUUGAGAUUGUAUAUCCGUACACGCCCUAUACAAGAAAAAAGAAUGGUACAUUCUUUUUUUUCUAUUAAGCGUCCUUAGGAUAUUCAUCUUCAAAUAUGUGUUGUUUUUUAUUUUUUUAUUGUUUAAUGGUCAAAUAUGUUCAGUCGGAUCUCACUAUGUAGGAAUAAACUAGUAUAAACUGGUAUGUUGUAAUCUUCAAA